GGUUUAUAUAAAAGUCUUUAUUGCUAUAAAAACAAUUAAAUAAAUAGAUGUUCUUAUUCAAACUACGAGCCAAGUGCUUUCCUUCAUCAUCUGACAUAUAUUUUCAAACCGACCGAAACAAACAAGAGGUAUAAUAUGUUGUGGAUAAUAUGUUUAUUUUUGCUGACGCUCCUCUUGUUAUUGAUGAAAUGGAAAAACAGAAAGUUUGCAAAAAUAGCGCAACAGCUGCCUGAACCAAGUUUCACGAAACUGCCGAUUCUGGGACACGCUGCCAGUGUUUGGGGAGAUAAUGAAGAUCUGAUGAGAAGCCUUGAACAACUGGGUCGGGAUGCUCUGGCCAAUGGCGGUAUUGUUAGCGCGUGGUUAGUCAGCAAGUUAGUCAUUGCGGUGGCGGAUCCUGAUAUGGUGGAGAUGGUGAUGAAGGGUUGUCUCGAGAAGGAUGAUCUGUACAAAGUAGUUCGAGAGCUAAUCGGAUAUGGCAGUAUAUUUGCCCCUGUAUCAAUUUGGCGCCCGCGACGCAAGAUCUUAGCUCCAAUAUUCGCGCCGAAGACCCUCAAUAGUUUUAUCCCCAUUUUCUCCAAGCAGAGCGACAUUUUGUUGGACAAGCUGCAAGGUGAUGUGGACAACGGCGACGUUUCCAUCUUCGAUAAGGUCACGGGAUACUCUAUGGAUUCCGUCUGUGAAACUACACUGGGCACUGAGGUAAACUCACAAAGCCAGCCGCAGCAUCCAGUGCCCCGAUCCUUCGCCUUGUUCUGCAAGCUGGCUGCUCUUCGAAUGGUGCGACCUUGGUUUCACUCUGACUCUAUUUACAAAUGGUCGUCUGACUACCCUCAGUUCAAGAGUUCGGCCGAAGUAUUGAAGCAGUUUGUCAGAAAGAUCAUUAUAUCUAGAAGAGAAAAUUUAAGGAAGAGUGACCCAAUUCAGAAAGUAAUCAAGGUCCAAAGCUUACUGGACCUGCUGAUCACAUCGGAAGGCGGUAAGGGUUUCUCAGACUUGGAGCUGCAGGAGGAGACGCUGGUGGUGGUGCUAGCCGGGACGGACACGUCUGCUGUCGGGGCCUCCUUCGCAGCCCUGCUGAUGGCCAAACAUCCUAAAGUACAGGAGAAAGUAUAUAAUGAAGUGAUCGAUAUACUUGGAGACAAACCGGUUCAAGCGGAAGAUUUGCUGAAGCUGAAAUAUUUAGAAGCAGUUUUGAAAGAGAGCCUGAGACUGUAUCCUCCAGUGUGCCUGGUCAUGAGGAACCCGACUCAAGAUUUUACACUCGCUCCAGGUGUGACCUUAGUUCCUGGCCUGACCGUUCUUAUCCACAUCAGGGCUCUCCACCGCAACAUGAAGUACUGGGGUGGCGACGCAGACACCUUCAGACCUGAACGAUUUCUCGAAGAUCCUCCAACUCAUCCAUUCGCUUACAUACCAUUCGGUAAAGGAUCCAGAAUGUGUCUCGGUGCGGAGUACGCCAUGAUGUCAAUGAAGACAGUGCUAGCGUCGCUGGUGCGGCGGUACCGGCUGCUGCCCCCCACUGCCGGGUUCGGAUCUGGGGAGCUGCCAACUCGUUGUGAGAUCAUGUUGAAACAUGUCGGUAACUUCCAACUGCAGCUUCAGUUGAGAAAAUGAUUAUGAUUGGUGAACGAACAAUGAUG